UACGCGACGGCAGGCCACGGUCAUCGGUUCCGCCCAGAAACAACAUUUCCACUAGGCACAUCACCGCCAGGACGUCUCUGGCCAAACCGGCGAGUGUGAGGUUGUUUGGAGGUUUGUGGCGACAACGACCGGGAGAGCAGCUCUACUCCCUUGAAUUGCGUCACCUGGUGCUUCUGCUAUCGCGGCGCCAAAUUCCAUUCGCGCCUCACACGCUCGUCUUCUCCCCACGAAACCCCUCACCUUCACCGUGGCUCUCGACGUAGGCGCGCCGGGAGCCGUGGCUUCCCCGAUGGCUCAGCCAAAUGCCGAGCCCGUGGAGGACUACGAUUAUGAAUCGCUCCCGCCCAACUUCUCGUUGCUGCAGAACAUGGCUGCCGGCGCUUUCGCCGGCAUCGCCGAGCACUGCGCAAUGUAUCCCAUCGAUGCCAUCAAGACACGCAUGCAAAUCAUCAACCCUGCGUCUUCCACCAUUGGCGCGGGCGUGAUCCAAGCCACGUACCGGAUGGCGAGCACUGAGGGCAUCUUGAGUUUAUGGCGUGGCAUGUCUAGCGUGAUUGUUGGGGCGGGCCCUGCGCACGCUGUCUACUUUGCGACUUAUGAAGCGGUCAAGCACAUCAUGGGUGGGAACCAAGCUGGUGUCCACCAUCCGCUGGCCGCCGCGACCAGCGGUGCAUGCGCCACGAUUGCUAGCGAUGCGCUGAUGAACCCUUUUGACGUGAUCAAGCAGCGAAUGCAGAUCCAGAAUUCGGCAAAAAUGUACCGCUCCAUGCUCGACUGCGCAAAAUACGUGUACAGGCAAGAGGGCCUCGCUGCCUUCUACGUCUCCUACCCUACGACCCUUUCCAUGACGGUUCCCUUCACAGCGCUCCAGUUCCUGGCCUACGAGUCCAUCUCGACGUCGAUGAACCCAACCAAGAAGUACGAUCCUGUAACGCACUGCCUCGCUGGAGCGGUAGCGGGUGGUUUCGCCGCAGCCCUCACGACGCCGAUGGAUGUGAUCAAAACCAUGCUUCAGACGCGUGGCACUGCAACGGAUGCUGAGCUCCGGACAGUCAACGGUUUCAUGGCUGGCUGCAGGCUAUUGUACCAGAGGGAAGGCGCCCGCGGUUUUUUCAAGGGUGUGCGGCCGAGAGUGCUCACAACCAUGCCCAGCACGGCCAUCUGUUGGUCGGCCUACGAGGCGUCAAAGGCCUACUUUAUCCACCAAAAUGACAAGACCUCAUGA